UCCGGCCCCGGGUCGCGGCGCGGCGCGGGCGGCAGCAUGGUGGAGAAGCGCUGCCCGCUGCAGAGGGACGGCGUGUACCGCUGGUUUUCGGAGCUGCCAUCGCCGCAGCGCGUGGAGUUCCUGUGCGGCCUUCUGGACCUGUGCAUCCCGCUGGAGCUGCGCUUCCUCGGCUCGUGCUUGGAGGAUCUAGCGCGCAAGGACUACCACUCGCUGCGCGACUCGGAGAUCAAGGCCAACAACCCUGCCGACCUGGGCAGCCUCACUAACCUGACGGACGAGGUGGUGCGCAGCAAGCUGUUGGUGUCGCUGGCGCUUCUAGGCUCAGAACAGCGCGAGGCUGCGGGCGUGCUCUACCGCACGCUCACGCACAUCGAUUCCAUCAUCCACAACUACGGGCUGCAGCUCAACGAGGGCCGCACGGGCGAUGAGUUCCUGCUGCUCUUUACCAUGGCCUCCAACCACCCGGCCUUCAGCUUCCACCAGAAGCAGGUGCUGCGCCAGGAGCUCACGCAGAUCCAGAGCAGCCUGAGCGGCGGCGCCGGCGGAGGCCCCGGAGGCAAAGGCGCGCCCGGAUCCACCUGCCCGGCUUGCCACAAGAUGGCCCCCCGGGCUGAGCCCCCUGUGAGCAGCGUGGGGAACAACAGCCUGGAGAAGGCGCUGCCCGCAUCUGCGCAUCCCGUGGAGGAGCCCAGGAAGCCGCUGGGGAAGCUCAGCAAAGUGAGCGUUGAAAAGAUAGACCUGAAGGGAUUAUCACAUACAAAGAGCGACAGGACCGUGGAGUGCUCCUUUGAGGUCCUGUGGUCUGACUCCUCAGUAACAUCUGUGACCAAGACAUCCCCAGAAGUGACUGAGUUCAUCUCCAAGUUAUCCCAGCUCUGUCCCGAAGAGAACCUGGACAAGCUUGUUCCAUGCCUGGCGGGCCCAGAUCCCUUCUACGUGGAGCGCAGCCACCUGGACCUGGAGGCCGGCCUGAGGUAUUUGGCUUCGCUCCCUUCUCACGUACUGAAAAAUGACCACGUGAAGAAGUUUUUCGGCACUGCACCUCCUGCCCCGCAGCUCCAAGGCCCAAGUCCUGGCAACCCUCCCCUACCUAAAGUGGGCACCGUGAUGGGCACGUCUGGAAGGCCUGUGUGUGGUGUGGCUGGCAUCCCCUCCUCUCAGAGCAACACCCAGCACCACCUGCCCCAUGCGGCCAGUGCAGGCUCUGCGCUGGCCUACCGCGCCCAGGUGGACACUGCACCUGCCAUCCUCAUGCCAUCUGGCCUGCAGGCCCCUCAGCCACAAGAGCAGAACGGCAUCCUGGACUGGCUGAGGAAGCUGCGGCUGCACAAGUACUACCCGGUCUUUAAACAGCUCACGAUGGAGAAGUUUUUGAGCCUUACCGAGGAAGAUCUGAAUAAGUUUGAGUCUCUCACCAUGGGAGCAAAGAAGAAACUUAAGACUCAGCUGGAGCUGGAAAAGGAGAAGUCAGAGCGACGGUGCCUGAACUCCACGGCCCCGACCUUGGUUACCAGCAGCGGAGUGGCCCGAGUCCCCCCUACCAGCCACGUGGGGCCUGUGCAGGCUGGACGCAGCAGCCAUGCAGCAGAGCUGCGGGUAGAGGUGGAGCAGCCCCCUCACCAGGUGCCCCGGGAAGGCGGCAGCUCUUCUGAGUACUCCAGCUCCUCCUCCAGCCCCAUGGGCGUGCAGGCGCGGGAAGAGAGCUCAGACAGCGCCGAAGAGAGUGACAGACGUGUGGAUGUGCCCCUGGAGGGCUCCGACAAGGAGAAGCCUAUGAUGCUGCUGAGCCACUUCCCCUCCAGCUCCGCCAGGCCCACGGCCCAGGUCCUGCCCGUGCAGAACGAGGCCAGCUCCAGCCCUGCUGGCCACCGCCCCUUGGGCCCACAGCUGCUACCUGCCGCUGCGCACCUGGCCCCCAUGCGGAUGCUGAGCUCUGUGCACAGAGCGGAGCGCGGGGGCUCGGACGUGAAGCUCCUCGCGUCGUCCACGCCCUCGCUCCUGUCUCUGGAGGAGAGGGGCAGAGGGCCUGGGGCCCGGGGCAGCGUGAAGGUGGACAAGGGCUUCGGCAGUGCCGUGCUGGACGCCCUGCCCACAUCAGCACCGCACCCGCCUGUGCAGGUCAUCUCAGGACUCUCUGAGAGCGGCGCUGUGUCCCCUACGGUCUCCUUUGGUCCCCGGGCCAAGGUUGUGCACGCGGCCACCCUGGACAGGGUGCUGAAGACAGCGCAGCAGCCAGCCCUGGCGGUGGAGACCAGCACAACGGCUACAGGGACUCCAAGCACUGUCCUGCACGUGGCCCGGCCGCCCAUCAAGCUGCUGCUGUCGUCCUCUGUGCCCUCAGAUGCUGCCAUCUCCGGGCAGACAUCCUGCCCUAACAGUGUGCAGAUCAGCGUGGCCCCCGCAAUAAUCAACCCCCGGACCGCUCUGUACACAGCCAAUACCAAAGUUGCCUUCUCCGCCGUGAGCAGUGUGCCCGUGGGGCCUCUGCAGGGCAGCUUCUGCGCCAACAGCAACACUGCCUCUUCCAGCAGCCACCCCGCGCCCUCCUUCGCCAGCAUGGCCACGCCGCCCAGCUACCCAGCCCCGAGCUCUAGCCCCGCGCUCUCUUCUGUUCCUGAAAGCAGCUUCUACAGUGGUGGCAGCGGCGGCAGUGGCUCCCCUGGGAACCUCCCUGCCCAGAGCCAGGGCCACCACCACCACCACCACCAUCAGCAGCCCACAGCACCCCCACAGCCUGCGCCGCCCCCGCCCCCCGGCUGCAUCGUGUGCACCUCAUGCGGCUGCAGUGGCAGCUGUGGCUCCGGCGGCCUGACCGUGAGCUACACCAACUACUUCCAGCACCCGUUCUCGGGGCCAUCCAUGUUCACCUUCCCCUUCCUGCCCUUCAGCCCUGUGUGCAGCAAUGGCUAUGUAAGCGCCCAGCAGUAUGGUGGCGGCUCUGCCUUCCCCGUCGUGCACGCCCCCUACAGCGGCAAUGUCACACCUGACCCGGUCCUGGGUGGCCAGUCCUCCUUUGCUGUGCCACCCAUGCAGAACUUCAUGGCUGGGACCGCAGGCAUGUACCAGACACAGGGGCUGGUGGGCAGCAGCAACGGUUCUAGUCACAAAAGGAGCGGGAACCUGUCCUGUUACAACUGUGGGGCCACCGGGCACCGUGCUCAGGACUGCAAGCAGCCGUCCAUGGACUUCAACCGGCAAGGUACUUUUAGGUUGAAAUAUGCCCCUCCGGCCGAAAGUCUGGACUCUACAGACUGAUGUUGUUCUCUGGCAACAGAAAUUAUUAAGCCAUGGAGAAAUAAGAAAAAUUAAACACAAAACUGAGAUGUCUAGUUGCUGUUGAGCUUAAUAUUUUUAAUCCAAAGGUGCUUUACUUUAUUAGACUGGAUAGAAAAUCUAGCGUAGACAUGCAUCAAACUCAAUUUUAUUGCCAAAACCCUAGAUUGGAGCUUGAGGUCAGGACUUGCCGAUGGGCCCCUGUUGGUGACAAGGCCAUCUCCACCUCAGCAUAUUGAGAGACUCUUGUCUCCUGAAGAGCAUCGCACGGCUGGUCCUCCAGGCUCACACACAAUUCCAGGGCAGCUACGCGUGGUCUGGUCGGGACUGAAGGUCGGAGUCCUCCCGGAGGAGCCCCUGCGCAGACUCUGGACACCCUGGGUUAGGGAAGAUGCCAGCUCCGUCUUGUCUCGUUUCCUUUUGUUUUCCCCAGAGGACUAGGCACGAGCCUCUGGGGCUUGGAGGGCUCGCACUACCAAGAAUGUAACCGGUGAUGUGGGUCUCCCGUCUGGGAGACUGCUCGAUCCCAGCCAGCGCAGCAGACCCGGCUCCAUGGAGUUGGCACCCGCAGGCGACGGCUCCGCGGCAGCCAUUUCAGUAUGUCCCUCCCUCCUUCACUUGUCGCAGUUCCAGGUUUUUAAGUUUUUUCCUGCAGGUCAACUUAGACUACAUUAAUAAGUAGAAAUAGUUCAUUGUCAACAACUUCAUUUCUAAGGGUCCAAGUCCCAGGAAAUCCAGUCCUCGAG